GAGUACGAGCCCGAGAUGGGGAAGGUUUAUCGCAGUGACCGCAAGGCCGUGCAGAGGAUCAAGGCCAGGGACCUGGUGCCAGGGGACAUCGCCGAGGUGGCAGUUGGGGACAAGGUCCCAGCCGAUAUCCGGAUCAUCUCCAUCAAAUCCACAACUCUGAGGGUGGACCAGUCCAUCCUUACUGGUGAGUCGGUGUCGGUGAUCAAGCACACGGACCCGGUGCCCGACCCCCGCGCCGUCAACCAGGACAAGAAGAACAUGCUGUUCUCGGGCACCAACAUCGGCGCCGGCAAAGCCGUGGGCAUCGUGGUGGCCACGGGCGUGAACACGGAGAUCGGCAAGAUCCGGGACGAGAUGGCGGCCACGGAGCAGGACAAGACUCCGCUGCAGCAGAAGCUGGACGAGUUCGGCGAGCAGCUCUCCAAGGUGAUCUCGCUCAUCUGCGUGGCCGUCUGGGCCAUCAACAUCGGCCACUUCAACGACCCCGUGCACGGCGGCUCCUGGAUCCGCGGCGCCAUCUACUACUUCAAGAUCGCCGUCGCCCUGGCCGUGGCCGCCAUCCCCGAAGGCCUUCCGGCCGUCAUCACCACCUGCCUGGCGCUGGGCACUCGUCGCAUGGCCAAGAAAAACGCCAUCGUCCGGAGCCUGCCGUCCGUGGAGACCCUGGGCUGCACCUCGGUCAUCUGCUCGGACAAGACCGGCACGCUGACCACCAACCAGAUGUCCGUCUGCAAGAUGUUCAUCAUGGACAAGGUCGAGGGUGACGUUUGCUCGCUCAACGAAUUCUCCAUCACCGGCUCCACCUACGCGCCCGAGGGGGAAGUGUUGAAGAACGACCGUCCGGUCAAGGCCGGGCAGUUCGAUGGCCUGGUGGAGCUGGCCACGAUCUGCGCGCUCUGCAACGACUCCUCGCUGGACUACAACGAGUCCAAAGGUGUGUACGAGAAGGUGGGCGAGGCCACGGAGACGGCGCUCACCUGUCUGGUGGAGAAGAUGAACGUGUUCAACACCGACGUCAGGAACCUGAGCAAGGUGGAGCGCGCCAACGCCUGCAACGCUGUGAUCAAGCAGCUGAUGAAGAAGGAGUUCACUCUGGAGUUCUCCCGGGACCGGAAGUCCAUGUCGGUUUUCUGCUCCCCGGCCAAGGCCUCGCGCGCCGCCGUGGGCAACAAGAUGUUCGUCAAGGGCGCCCCCGAGGGGGUCCUGGAGCGCUGCAGCCACGUUCGGGUGGGCACAGCGCGGGUGGCGCUGACGGCGGCGGUGAAGGAGAAGAUCCAGGGCGUGAUCCGCGAGUGGGGCACGGGCCGGGACACGCUGCGCUGCCUGGCGCUGGCCACGCGCGACGCGCCCCCCAAGAGGGAGGACAUGGCCCUCGAGGACUCCUCCAAGUUCGCCGAGUACGAGACCGACCUCACCUUCGUGGGCUGCGUGGGGAUGCUGGACCCUCCCCGCAAGGAGGUCAUGGGCUCCAUCCGGCUGUGCCGCGACGCCGGCAUCCGCGUCAUCAUGAUCACGGGCGACAACAAGGGCACGGCCAUCGCCAUCUGCCGCCGCAUCGGCAUCUUCGGCGAGGACGAGGAGGUCACCGGCCGGGCCUACACCGGCCGCGAGUUCGACGACCUUCCCCUGUCGGAGCAGCGCGAGGCCUGCCGGCGCGCCUGCUGCUUCGCCCGCGUCGAGCCCGCGCACAAGUCCAAGAUCGUGGAGUUCCUGCAGUCCUUCGACGAGAUCACCGCCAUGACCGGCGACGGCGUCAACGACGCGCCGGCGCUGAAGAAAGCCGAGAUCGGCAUCGCCAUGGGCUCGGGCACGGCCGUGGCCAAGACGGCGUCGGAGAUGGUGUUGGCCGACGACAACUUCUCCACCAUCGUGGCGGCCGUGGAGGAAGGCAGGGCCAUCUACAACAACAUGAAGCAGUUCAUCCGCUACCUCAUCUCCUCCAACGUGGGCGAGGUCGUCUGCGGAUGGGUUCGGGCCGCUUUGGGCUGGUUUGGGCCAGUUUGGGCCAGUUCGUGCCACUUUGGGACGGUUCAGGCCAGUUCAG